CUUUAAAUACUUCUCUUAAGAAAGAAAGCAUGAUCAACAUAGCAAUUAAGCAGAAUUUAUCCUGCCUCAUUCUCAAGAUGAUUGAAGAACAUCCUCAAGAAAUGGUUCAGGUGUACAAUUCGAAUAAAACUUCAUCAAUGUUGCAUGACUUAGCGUCAAUAAGCACAUUAUUCACACAAGAUGAAAUAAAACUUGCAGAGUGGCUAAUAAGACAUACAUACAAAUGCUCUAGAAAUAUAUUCGGGCAGACAUUUCUUGAGACUGCAAUUAUAAAUUAUUCACCUAACUUUGACUUCCUGGCUAAACUUGCUUAUAAAACAAAUACCAAAUGGCUGAUGAUCAAAGUCUUAGAGAAGUCUUCACUUCGCAAGAAUCUCUACAGUAACGUCUUAAGGCACUAUAAGACAGAGAAGCUUAUCAAAAAGAGCUAUUAUGACCUGAAGACAAAGCAUUUACGUGUAUAUCAGGCCUGAUCUUGGGCUGAUAAGGAAUUCAAAGGUACAGAUUCAUUACUGGUAUAUCACACUCAGUUUUAAUCCAUACUAAUAUUCUUAUCCAAAUUCAUUA